GGAUGCCUCUUCGAGUGUCUUGUGAUGGAAGGGAAAUAUUUUUGAAUCUAUAAUGGAUUUUACACAGUAUCGUAACACAAACUGGCCUAAUAGCAGCAUUUUGGUUUGAAGAGCAUAAGCAUAACUACAGAUAAUCAUGACAACUUCUCAUAUGAAUGGACAUAUCACAGAAGACUCUGACAAUGAAGCAAAAAAUGUGGAUCUUGUGUGUCCCGAGGAGCCUCAGAAGCACAGAGAGAUGGCUGUUGAUUGCCCUGGGGACUUGGGCUCCAGGAUGAUGCCCAUGCGGCGCAGUGCUCAGCUGGAGCGCAUCCGCCAGCAGCAGGAGGACAUGAGGCGCAGGCGAGAAGAGGAGGGAAGGAAACAAGAACUGGACCUUACUGCUUCCAUGAGGCUAAAGAAACUAGCACAAAUUCCUCCUAAAACUGGAAUAGAUAAUCCAAUAUUUGACACAGAAGAAGGGAUUGUUUUGGAGAGUCCUCAUUACACUGUGAAAACACUAGAAGUGGAAGAACUGUUAAAUUCUCUUAAGCAUAUCCAGCACGUUUUGGUAGACCCUCAGAGUCAAGAGGAUAUCUCACUCAUUUUACAGCUCGUUCAAAAUAGCGAUUUUCAGAAUGCAUUUAAGAUCCACAACGCUGUCACAGUCCACAUGAACAAAGCCAGCCCUCCAUAUCCUCUCAGCUCCAAUGCACAAGAACUAGCACAAGAGGUACAGAGUGUUUUGAAACCCAGCCACCAUAAGGAUGGACAGGAGCUUAAUGCUUUGCUGAAUGCCCCUCACAUGCAGGCACUUCUACUGGCUCAUGAUAAGGUUGCAGAACAAGAAAUGCAACCAGAGCCUAUGACAGAUGAAAAGAUUUAUGAGAAUGUUGGCAUGUAUGGAGGGGAGACAGUUAAAAUAGUUCGCAUUGAGAAAGCUCGGGAUAUUCCCUUGGGUGCUACUGUUCGCAAUGAAAUGGAUUCUGUUAUCAUCAGUCGUAUAGUCAAAGGAGGUGCUGCAGAGAAGAGUGGGCUGUUGCAUGAAGGGGAUGAAGUUCUUGAGAUCAAUGGCAUUGAGAUCCGUGGAAAAGAUGUUAAUGAAGUUUUUGACUUGCUGGCUGACAUGCAUGGGACUCUGACCUUCGUAUUGAUUCCCAGUCAGCAGAGCAAGCCACCCCCUGCGAAGGAGACAGUUAUACACGUGAAAGCUCAUUUUGACUACGAUCCCUCUGAUGACCCUUACGUGCCCUGCCGAGAGUUAGGCCUGUCUUUUCAAAAAGGAGACAUACUCCAUGUGAUCAGUCAAGAGGAUCCAAACUGGUGGCAGGCUUACAGAGAUGGAGAUGAAGAUAAUCAGCCACUGGCAGGCCUUAUCCCUGGAAAAAGUUUUCAGCAACAAAGAGAAGCAAUGAAGCAAACCAUAGAAGAAGACAAGGAACCUGAAAAAUCAGGAAAACUCUGGUGCGCAAAGAAGAACAAAAAGAAACGGAAAAAGGUUUUAUACAAUGCAAAUAAAAAUGAUGAUUAUGACAAUGAGGAAAUUUUGACCUACGAGGAAAUGUCACUGUACCAUCAGCCAGCAAAUAGGAAACGUCCCAUCGUUCUGAUUGGCCCGCAGAACUGCGGGCAGAACGAGCUGCGGCAGAGACUGAUGAAUAACGAGGUGGAUCGCUUUGCCACCGCCGUGCCCCAUACUACUCGGAGUAGGCGAGAGACUGAGGCAGCUGGCAGGGAUUAUCAUUUCAUCUCCCGACAGGCAUUUGAGAGUGACAUAGCUGCAGGGAAGUUCAUUGAGUAUGGGGAGUUUGAGAAGAACCUGUAUGGAACGAGCAUCGACUCCGUGCGGCAAGUCAUCAACUCGGGCAAGAUUUGCCUUUUAAAUCUUCAUACCCAGUCACUGAAAACACUACGUAACUCUGACUUGAAGCCAUAUAUUAUAUUUGUUGCACCACCUUCACAAGAAAGACUUCGUGCUUUAUUGGCCAAAGAAGGGAAAAAUCCUAAGCCAGAAGAGCUGAGAGAAAUCAUAGAGAAGACAAGGGAGAUGGAACAGAACAAUGGCCACUACUUUGAUACAGCAAUUGUGAAUUCUGAUCUUGAUAAGGCGUAUCAAGAGUUACUUCGGUUAAUAAAUAAGCUCGACACAGAACCCCAGUGGGUGCCCUCCACCUGGCUACGAUGAGAGCAGUUCCAAGGGACAGAAGGACUUCAAUCUAGUUACAUUUCCAAGCAGAUCAUGUGUAGGUCUGCCCAAUUCUAGUACAAAUGCAUGUGAGCUCCAGACCUCAGCGGCAGCAUCCUUUGCCAGUGAAAUUGCGUAUUACUGAAAAAUACGCUGACCAGCUUGUGAGCCAGUUUAACUGAUCUAAAAGUUGUCCAGGUUUUCUUUCUCUGUGGUCUAGAAAUGGAGACCAUAUCAGUACUAAAUCUAAAGCUUUAGGUAGAUUUUUUUUCUAGCAACUACUUUUAUAAAUCCACUUUUUUAACUUAGGAUCACCCUUAGGACAAAGAUUUUACGUGUGUUUGUGUGUAUAUGUAUAUAUAUAGUCCAUGCUGUCACAUAGUUAUAAAUAUGAAUGUUAUUUAACACUUAACUUAAUGAGUUUGUGGGACAUGAUGCUAGUUCAAGAGCAUAAUUCUACAGAUCAUUGGGCAGAGGAAUAAUCUACACAUGAAAAAUAUCAAUGAGAAACCUCUCCUGUUCAAAAAAAUACACAGAAUGAAGAUUCUGCUCUGGUCUGGAGCUGCCCUGUGAGGCUUGAGUUAUUAUUUUAAUUCUCAAACAUUCCACUUUCUAAUAGCACUGUAUUGAAAAAUGUGUAUAAUGUAAAUAUUUCAAUCCUUGUGUCUUUUUAGUCAGACUUUUAAAAUCAGAUUUGACUGCACAGUAAUUUUAGGUCCAAUCAAAGAUGACUAUUAUAUUGAACUUCUAGAUGUGAUAUUUUUAUGGUAUUUUCUUUAAAACAUACCAACUGAUUGGAGCUGCUGUUUUUCACAGACUUGUAGAGACAGAAAGGCAGAGGUUAUAUUUUUGUGAAAAUAUAUAGUUAUAAGACAUGCUGCUUGAAAGUCAACUAAAAUUCUCAUGUUUUAUAACAGAAUACUGACUAAUACAGACUGAUGUGCUGAACAUUGGAAGACAGUGGGGUUUUUUAAUCUCUGCAAACGGUUCAUGUUGUGGCUGUUGGACUAAUGGACAACUAACUGGAAUUAAAAUAGCUGAAUGUAGCUACUGUGUUAUGAGUAUUGUAA